AUGGACUAUCGAACAGUAAAGAAUGAAGAGAAUGAUGGUUCUGAUGAAAAUGAACAAGUAUUAUCUCCAUUUAUACACUUCGAAACGCAUGAGGAUGAAAAUAACAAUGAGAAACAAUCCAAGUGGAGUCAUCAGCAAGAUCUCGAUGAUUUCUUCGUUCAAAUUUAUCAAUAUCAUCAAAAACAUGGAUUCUUUUGUAUAGCUAUUUCCGAAAUCUUUGGUCUUAUACAAUUUGUAUUUAUUGUUUCAUUUACAAUUCUACUUGUACAAUGUGUCGACUAUCAGCUUUUAUUUCGUUCCAGUCCAGCAGCCCGAAAUAUAACGGAUAAAAUACAAAUCCAUCAAGUCAUUCAAUCGCCUAAACAAUGCCUUCAUAAUAUGUACCGAAUAACAAUUUGGUGUUUGAUACUUUCAAUAAUCUACUGGAUAUAUCGUUUUGCUCGUGCGGUGCACCAUCUUGUAUCGUAUUUUAAUAUACGAUCGUUCUAUACUCAGGCCUUAGAUAUCAAACCGCAUGACUUACCAAACAUGACCUGGCACGAAGUUCAACAACGAUUACUGAUCGCUCAACGAACACAUCAUUUAUGUAUACACAAAUCAAACUUAACAGAAUUAGAUAUACAUAAUCGAUUGUUACGCUUUAAAAAUUAUGAAGUCGCUUUAGUAAACAAAGGUGUUCUACCAUUGAGAGUAUAUCUGCCAUUUCUUGGCGAUAUAAUUUCAUUUACAGCUGGAUUCAAAUUCAAUCUACGUUUGAUUCUUUUUUGGGGACCAUACGCACCUUUUGAUCAACGAUGGCAUCUGCGACAGGAGUAUAAAAUUCAGAGUCAACGUGAAGCUCUGGCAAAUCAGCUAUCACGUUUUAUCUUGCUCUAUGGUAUUGCUAAUCUCCUGCUGUCUCCCUUUAUAUUCAUCUGGCAAGUUCUUAAUUUAUUCUAUGGUUACACUGAAAUUGUUCGACGUGAGCCAGGUGUAUUGGGUAGUCGUCGUUGGAGUAACUAUGGUCGAUUGUAUUUACGACAUUUCAAUGAACUUGACCAUUCGUUGAAUCAACGAUUAAAUCGCGGUUAUCGACCAGCGAUGAGUUACAUGACAUCUUUUGUGAAUUACAGUAUUGUUGAAACUGCAAAAUUUGUGAGUUUCACAGCCGGUGCAAUUCUUGCUGUUUUAAUUGUAUUAACAAUUGUUGACGAAGACGUACUUAACGUUGAACACAUGUUAACAUUGAUGACUGGCCUAGGAGUUCUACUUGGUGUCUGUCGAUCUCUAAUACCUGACGAAAAUGCCGUUUUCGAUCCUGAACAAAUGUUGCAACUUAUUCUUGCACAUACUCAUUACCAACCUGAUUCAUGGAAAGAUCAUGCACACACUGACUAUGUACAAGCGGAAUUUGGAAAAAUAUUUCAAUUGAAAUAUGUGUACUUUCUCGAAGAACUAUUCAGUCCAUUUGUGACACCAAUCCUUCUGUGUUUCCAUUUACGUCGAAAGUCAUUACAGAUCAUUGAUUUUCUUCGAAACUAUACAGUCGAUGUACAAGGUGUUGGGGAUGUCUGUAGUUUUGCACAAUUGGAUGUUGCUAAACACGGUGACUUAAAAUGGUUUGCACCGGUACGAGCAAAACAGGAUAAUGAUGCCGGAAUAACAAAUGAUGGUAAAUUAGAACUAUCAUUAAUGCACUUUCACCAUACAAAUCCCAAGUGGCAAAUGCCAAAACAAUGCGAGACUUAUUUGGAAAAAAUACAAGAACGAGCCGUGGAAAACAUGCAAACCUCAUCCGUUCUACAACAAUCACUUGGACAAGUUCAACGCAGUUUGUACAAUGAUGCACAAUCAACUUCAUCAAUAGCAUCUAAAUCACGGAAUGAUCCAAAUACAUAUUCUCAUUUUGCUUCGCCAAAUCAUACAACUAUUCAAAUGUCCAGUCAAUAUCCAUCUACUUCCAUGGCUCAAACGAGUGCAUCUCAAGCUGAUCUACCAUAUAGAAGUCCUGCGCCAUUCGGUGUUCUUUCAAAAAUUCAUUCACAAAUGUUUGAUUCAUCAAAUUCAACUUAUCUCUCCGGUUCCAUGGCACCCUUGCAAACAUUUUCAAGUGCUGCUCAAUUAGAUAUGAAUAUCUCUUGUUUAUUUAUGCACGAAUUGCGACAUAAAUAUAAACAUGGUGAAUAUGAAGAACUUGAACAUAUUAACGAAGAUCAUGAUGAUGAUACAAAAUGUUGA